AUGGCUGCAAUGUUGGGUCAGGGAGGUUACACGAGUAGUGAAAAGGUUUUGGAAGCUAAAGAAAAAAGGCUGGCCAAACAUUUUGGGGGUUAUGAAAUCAGAUAUUGA